CAGCGCAGCCCCGCGGGGCCCCGAUGAUGCCGGGGGCGCGGGCGGCGGAGCAGCAGGAGCAGCAGCAGCAACAGCAGCAGCAGCAGCAGCAGCGCCCGGACGCGCGGCGGCCGCCGCCGCCCCAGUGACGGCCCCGCCAUGUCGGUGAUGGUGGCGAGGAAGAAGGUGGUUCGGAAAUGGGAGAAGCUGCCGGGCAGGAACACCUUCUGCUGCGACGGCCGCAUCAUGAUGGCCCGCCAGAAGGGCAUCUUUUACCUGACGCUCUUCCUCAUCCUCGGCACCUGCGCCCUCUUCUUUGCCUUCGAGUGCCGGUACCUGGCUGUCCAGCUGUCCCCGGCCAUCCCCGUGUUUGCAGCAGUUCUCUUCCUGUUUGCCAUGGCCACGCUGCUGCGGACGAGCUUCAGCGACCCCGGGGUGAUCCCCAGGGCCCUGCCUGACGAGGCAGCCUUCAUCGAGAUGGAGAUUGAGGCCACCAACGGGACCGUGCCGCAGGGCCAGCGCCCGCCCCCGCGCAUCAAGAACUUCCAGAUCAACAACCAGAUCGUGAAGCUCAAGUACUGCUACACAUGUAAGAUCUUCCGCCCGCCCCGUGCCUCGCACUGCAGCAUCUGCGACAACUGCGUGGAGCGCUUCGACCAUCACUGUCCCUGGGUGGGCAACUGUGUGGGGAAGAGGAACUACCGCUACUUCUACCUCUUCAUCCUCUCGCUCUCCCUCCUCACCAUCUACAUCUUCACCUUCAACAUCGUCUACGUAGCACUGAAAUCUCUGAAGAUUGGAUUUCUGAACACGUUGAAGGAAACCCCAGGGACUGUACUGGAGGUGCUCAUCUGUUUCUUCACGCUGUGGUCGGUGGUGGGGUUAACUGGGUUCCACACCUUCCUGGUGGCACUGAAUCAGACAACCAAUGAAGAUAUUAAGGGGUCCUGGACUGGGAAGAACCGUGUGCAGAAUCCCUACAGCCACGGCAACAUAGUGAAGAACUGCUGUGAGGUGCUUUGUGGGCCCCUGCCUCCCAGUGUCCUGGACAGACGGGGCAUCCUGCAGCAGGAGGAGAGCACAGCUCAGGAGGGGCCGUGCCCGCGGGGGCCCGGCACGCAGGAGCCCCCGGCCACGCAGGGCCCCAGGCAGGCUGAGGAGAGCAGCAUGAAGCAGCAGGAUGGCAGCAUUCCUCUCCCUAGCGCCGUCCCUGUGCUGUCCCCGAGUGACACCGAGAUGCCGGAGGAGAAGCAGCGAACGCCUGGGGAGGUCCCGGUGCCCUCCCCGGACGCUGGGCGAGCGGAGCACUAGCGUCUGCUUGGAAGGGAGAACUUUCUUGUUUUGUCUAAUCAAAGCUGGAAGUGAUGGAGGAGAGGAGGAGGAGGGCUGGAUGGCAGGCACCCGAUUCCCCAUGGCCAUUUUGCUUUAGUCAUUACUCACCACCGUGUGGGCCGGCGGUGGCACGGGACAGCGAGUGUGAGUGGCACCCCCUGGUCACCACGGGGCGCUGCCACUGCCGAGGCAGGUCUGCCUGCGGCCAGGGCUGGGCCUCUGGCUCUGCGGGCUGUCCUGGAUGCUCCAUCCUGGCUCAAGGCCAGGGCUGUCCCUCUACCUGGCCCCGGCUCUGACGGGGCAACUCGCGGUCCAGCAGCUCAGCAGUCAGGGCCGGCCUGCUCCCUCCUGCUGAGGAAUCCCCAUGGGAAGGGGAAAGCAAUCAUGGCAGUAGCGUCCUCCCUCCCCUCCUCCCUCCUUCCUCUAAUCCGUGACGUUGUUUUGUGGUUGGCGUGGCAAGGCUUGUCAGGAGACGUUGUGGUGCCCAGAGGACCCAAACAAGCGGGAAGGAGUUCUGCUGGCAGCGGUUUUUAAGUAGCUUUCUUCCUGUGCUCCUUUUCACGUGACAUAGCCGGGGCAGCAGCUGUGAUGGGGACCCUCCUCACCCUGCCCUGGGGCUCACACAGACCCGGGGGCUCAAGGGAAGGAGCGGGCAGUCCCCCUGACCCACACCAGCCACGGAGUGGUUGUGCCAGGGUGUACUGAGCUGCAGGGAAGGGUCUGCCUGUGCCACUGGCUCCCUGGCUGGUGCUGGGGCUGCGUUUGCUGCUGGGUGUCUGCACUGAGCCUUCCCCUUGCUGUGGCACUGCCACUCUGCAGAACCUCAGCCCCGACUCUGUGUUGUGUCCUUGUGUUCCGGUGUCCCCCAUCUGCCUUGCUCUGCAGUUCUCAGCCAUCCCAGACUGGCUGUGCUGGCUGCCCGAGGAUGGGCUGUGUGGUGUCUCACCCGUGUGUCCUCAGCAGAGUCGGGAGGAGAGGCUGGGGGGUAUGGUGGGAGAGCUCCAUGUCGUUGCAGGGCUCCUCCUCCCUUACCCCACUCCCUGUCCUGCGCUGGCAGGACCCUCACGCCUGCGGGGUCCCCGCAGAGGCCCGCGGUGGGGAGAGGCCAUUCCGUGCCCUGGCAGCUCCCCAUCCCACACCAUGAGUGCUGGGCACUCCCGUGCCUCCUGCAAGUGUGCAGUGGGUGGUGGCAGGUUGGGGGUGUCCUGCCUGGCCAGUCCUGUGUGUGUCUCCAUGAUGCUCCUGCCUGGCAGCGGGAAGUCGCUGUUGCUCCGCCCCUGGCCUCAUGCCAUCCUGCUUUCAGCAGUGUGGAGCAGCCCGCUCCCUCCGGAGCCUGGCCUGUGCCUCCCACCUCGCUCCUCUUCCCUGGGCCCUCGCAGCGUGGCCCUGGGCUGUGGCUGGCAGCGGGUGAUGGUGUUGACAUGGUGUUAACGUGGCACCGGCGCUGCCCCCUCUCCUGCGGUGCCGAGGUCUCCUCUCCCGGUGAGAGGGCAGAGCUGCUGCUCUGGCUGUGGCCGUGGGUCUGCGGUGGCCCUGCAGCUGCUCCCGGCCUCCCUGCCACGGCCCUGUAGCCAGCCCGGUCCCAUCUCGUCCCCGCAGGACAGGGGUCCUGCUCCUGGCCCCGAGCACCCCGCCGGCCGUGGGAGCCGCCCCAACAUGCUACUGACCAAAUCUCAAAUUCAGUGUGAAAAAGUGUAUUUUUUGGCUCUGCUGCUCCCCGUUCCAUGCAGUGUGGGGAGUGCUGCCUGCCAGGACUGCCGUGCCAGUGAGGCCUGCCUGCGCUGGUCGGGGUCUCCAGAAGGAAGGGGAGGUCGGGCAAGGGUUGGGGGUUCUUUAUUUUUUUUCUUCUUAUUUUUUUUUUAAUUUUAAAACAAUGAAGGAAACUUAAUUGGUUUGAAAA